AUGGCUUCCGAGGACGUUACAAACAAUGGGUCACAGAGUGUCCCGGAAUCUUUGCCAGAUCUAGGCGCUGGAGUUACUGGAAAGGCAGAAGAACCUCAUCCUGCUGGUCGGGUCAAGCAUGGUGGCUUUAAUCAACUCGUUCGCUUGGUUUUGUUUGCGAUUUAUUUCUUUUCAUGUUGCAUCAGUAUCAACUUGACGCAGUUCCUUGGCUCGCCGCUCUACUUUAUAAGCAAAGACUACUAUUAUGCCUACAUGGCCAUGACGAAGCAGUCGUUCGGUCUGCUCAUUACCACCAUGACCCAGUGGUGGAGCCCAACGACGGUUAGAAUCAGCGGAGACAAGAGUGUUCGAGGGCAGCUUAGAAAGACCGCAGACGGAAGGCUUGAAUGCGAUUUCCCCGAAAGACUGGUCCUCAUUGCAAAUCAUCAGCUCUAUUCCGAUUGGCUCUACCUUUGGUGGAUCGCGUACACGAGCCAGAUGCAUGGCCACAUUUACAUUAUCCUCAAGGAGUCUCUCAAAUACAUUCCUAUCAUUGGACCUGGUAUGAUGUUCUACGGCUUCGUGUUCCUCGCUCGAAAUUGGGCCAAGGACAAGCCUCGGUUCAAGCACCGGCUCGAAAAGCUCAGUGGCAGACACCAUGGUCCUCUUUCUGGCACCCAUUCGCUGGAUCCCAUGUGGUUGCUCAUCUUUCCUGAAGGCACAAAUUUGUCGAACAAUGGCAGAGCAUCCAGCAAACGAUGGGCUGAAAAGCAGGGACUCGUAGAUCCGCAACAUGUCCUGCUGCCUCGAAGCACUGGUUUGCAAUUCUGCUUGCAGGAGCUCAGCGAAUCUGUUGAGUGGGUGUAUGACUGUACAGUCGCCUAUGAAGGCAUUCCAAGGGGUAAAUACGGCCAAGACCUUUUCACACUUCGUUCGACGUACUUUGAAGGCCGCCCUCCCAAGUCAGUCAAUAUGUACUGGCGUCGAUUCCAUGUCUCCUCGAUCCCCGCCAAUGACCCCAAGGCUUUCGAAGUGUGGAUCAGAGAUAGAUGGAUGGAGAAGGAUGAUUUGAUGGAGUACUACAUGCAGAAUGGCCGCUUCCCUGCCGAUGAAGGUGAGGAACCCAUUGUAAAUGGUACUAGUCACACCAAAGAUGCAGCCGACAUCCCUGUGAAGCGUGGCGCCGGAUUUAUCGAGACUGAAGUCAGGCCGAGCCACUGGUGGGAAGUUGGACAAAUCUUUGUCGUCCUGGCGGCGUUGGGGCUCGUCAUUAACGUCAUCAAGAAAAUGUGGAACAUUGUUUCCGUGGUUUCGUCAAGUCGAGCAAACAACAUUAAAGCCGUCAGGCUCAACGUCUUCUCUCUCCCUAUUUUUUUGCUUGCCAUUCAUUUUUCAUUAACCAUUUAUGCUUGGCAAAAUAUGGCGUCUUUCACCAAUGGCGAUGUGAAUGGCCAUGCGAGUCAAGGGGCAUUCGACCUUCUCCCCGAAAGCCAGCGUUUCUCCGACAUACCUUCUGCCAUCGAUAUCCCCGUCCAAGGCCUUGACGCGGAGGAGGCCGUCGAAGUCGACCUUCAAGAGCUACCCGAAGACCCGACUGAGCUCUGUACCCUAUUAGAAAAUGAAGGCGCAGCGAGGAAUUUCUGGAUGGUUGUUGCGUUGGCUUACGCUAAGCAGCACAAAGUCGAUCAUGCGAUUGAAAUGUUGAUAAAAGGGUUGAGUGCCAUGGCUGGAGGCGCACCCAAAGAGAAACUUAGCAUGUUGAGUUGUCUCUGCUGGUUGUAUCUUUUCAAGAGCAGGGAAGCGCCUCGAAUGGUUCCCGAGGGCCAAAUGAUCUCUGAAGCGCGCACAAAAGACUUCUUCUUGCAAGCAGCCACAGCAACGCUGAAUGAAGCAUCUCGCAUCAAUCCGUCUUUCCCACCGUUGUUCCUUGCUCGUGGCGUUUUAUACCUUCUUCGUGCCUCACUGCAGGCGCCUUCAAAGGGCCUGGGAUCACGGGGUCAUGACCACUCUGAGCGACUUGAUACACUUCGACAGGCGUCAAAGUGCUUCGAGGAUGCUUUGCGGGUUUCAGGCGGCCGGAACAUGAUGGCCGUGCUCGGAAAGGCCAGAGUUCAAUAUUCCCUUGGAAAAUACGGAGAUGCUAUGGAAAGCUACCAGGAAGUGCUCUCUCGGAUGCCCGACUUGAUUGAUCCUGAUCCACGAAUUGGCAUUGGCUGCUGCCUAUGGCAACUAGGAUACAAAGAAGAGGCAAAAAAUGCAUGGGAGAGGACGUUGGAGAUUAAUCCUGAUUCGAAGCUUGGAAAUAUGCUUUUGGGCCUGUAUUAUCUGAAUUCCAGCUCCCAGUACCAGACGACGGACCCGGCGUUCCUCCCCAUUUACAAGAAGGCCAUGACUCAGUAUACUCAGAAAGCCUUCAAAAUCGACAAGGAACAACCUCUGACAUGUGCAACAUUUGGUGGCUAUUUCCUCUCUCGAAAGGCCAUGCCAACUGUGGAGGGCCUGGCUCGGAAGGCCAUCGAGUUGACAGACGUGAACGCGGUUGCGAGUGAUGGCUGGUACCUUCUCGCAAGGAAAGCCCACUUCGAAGGCGAAGUUUCUCGAGCUAUUGAAUUUUAUCAAAAGGCUGACCAGGCUCGUGGCGGAGACGAUCGUGGAUACUUGCCGGCAAAGUUCGGUGUUGCACAGUUGCAGGUUCUGCUGGGGGAUAUUGACGGCGCGAAAUUCCGCCUAGAAAAGAUCCUCCAGACCACAAAAAAUCUGGAGGCCAUGGCCUUACUUGGUACUCUCUACGCCGAGGAAGUGUUUACCAGCCAAGCAAGCGGGCUGAAGGAAGACAAGUCGGCCGAGUUGAAGAAGGCUACUGCACUGCUUGAAGCUGUCCGCCUGGCGUGGAAGGAUCCGAAAAAGCAAAUGACACCGGAUGCGACUGUGCUAAUCAAUCUUGCACGUCUCUAUGAGGCUGAUCACCCUGAAAAGAGCCUGCAAUGCCUUAUCCAGGUGGAACAGAUUGAAUUAGGUAAUGUCCCUGAUGAGGUACGUCCUGAAAAGGGCGAGGAUGAGGCUGCAUAUUUGGCCGGCAUGCGCCAAUAUCUCCCUCCGACGCUAUUGAACAACAUGGGCUGCUUCCACUACCAUGCAGAAAAGUACGAUCAGGCCAGAGAUCUCUUCCAAACCGGACUGAACGCUUGUGUCAAGCUCGGCGAGAAAGACGAAACAGCGGAUAUCGAUGCUCUCGUAACCACGAUCAGCUAUAAUCUUGCUCGUACCUACGAAGCGGCUGGAUUGCUUGACGAGGCCAAGAAGGUGUACGAAGGUCUCUUGCAGCGACACAACGACUAUACCGACGCACAUACCCGACUCGCAUACAUUGCGCUCCGACAGAGCCCAUCCGACGAAGGACCAAAGAUGAUGGCGAAGCUUUAUCAGAGCGACAGUACCAACAUCGAAGUGCGGUCAUUGUAUGGCUGGUAUCUGAACAAAGCGAAGAAACGGACUUUAAACAUCGCCGAGGAUCAAGAGCAGCGGCACUACAAGCACACCUUACAGCACUAUGAGAAGCAUGACCGGUACGCGCUCACGGGCAUGGGAAACCUCUAUCUGGCUAUUGCACGUGAGAUGCGAAGAGACACGGACCAGGAAAAAGACAAGCGUCGAAAGAUGUACGAGAAGGCCGUGGAGUUUUUCGAUAAGGCACUGCAGCUCGAUCCCAAGAAUGCCUAUGCCGCACAAGGAAUCGGUAUUGCGCUAGUGGAGGACAGAAAAGAGUACAGUGUGGCCGUCCACAUUUUUUCCAAGGUUCGAGAAACACUGCGAGAUGCUAGCGUCUUUAUCAAUUUGGGACAUGUCUACGCAGAGUUGAAGCAGUACUCGCGCGCAAUCGAGAAUUUUGAAGCUGCUCUGGCCAAGGACCGGGCGCGAGACCCGCAAAUCCUCGCAUGCCUCGGACGGGUGUGGCUACUCAAAGGCAAGCAAGAGCGAAGCGUUGCGGCCAUGAAGAGUUCUUUGGAUUAUUCGCAGCGUGCCCUCGAAAUUGCUCCUGAACAAAUCCACUUCAAAUUCAACGUCGCUUUUGUCCAGAUCCAGCUCGCCCAACUCAUCUAUUCUCUCCAAGAGUCUCAGCGCACGCUUCAAGACGUGCAGAGCGCGGCGGCCGGUCUCGAUGAAGCCAUUGAGUCCUUUACUGCUAUUGCACAGGCCAAGAAUCCGCCUUACCCCAAGCACGACAUUGAACAGCGCGCCAACAUGGGUCGUAACACUAUGCGACGACAGCUCGAGCGUGCAAUUCAAAGCCAAAAGGAAUACGAAGAAAAGAAUGCGGCCAAACUGCAAGAAGCCCGCGAACUGCGGGAAGCCGAACUCAAGCGCCGCGAGGAGGAGCGCAAAAAGGCCGAGGAAGCCACGCUCGAACACAAGCGUAGAAUCGCAGAAGAGCGGCAAAAGAUUCUCGAGAAAGACCGCGAGCUCGCCGAGCGUCGGGCCGAAGUAGAGCGCCGCAAAGAGGAAGAAGAGUACAGUCUCGACGAAGAGACUGGCGAAAAGCGCAAGAAGACCAAGAAACGUGCUACCGGCGGCGGUAAGCGCAAGAAGAAGACGAGCGACGAGAGCGAAUCCGAGCCCGAAGCUGCCGCGACGGAUGACGAAGGCGGCGAGGGCAAAUCGAAACCUCGAAAGAAGAGAAAGCUCGAACGCAAGGGCAAAGACAUGAGCAAGUUCAAAUCCGAGGAAUUUGUCGUCGACAGUGACGAGGAUGAGGAUGAUGCGCGUGCAGCUGCUGCGGCAGAAUCUUCACCGGAGCGCGCCGACGAAGACGAAGAUGAAGAAGAGGAGGCGGUUCGUCGACCGAGAAAGAAGGCCACGCGCAGGAUCGAAGAGGAUGAGGACGAAGAUGAGGAAAAUGACGAUUUGUUCGGUGAUGAGGAAGGUGAAGGCAAAAAGGAGAAUGGCGAUCAUGCCGAUGUCGAAAUGGCUGAUGAUAAGGCACCCACGCCUGCAGGAGACGACGAGGAUGAUGAGUAA